CGUGUGGUGCGCACUAAUAAGAGUAUAUACUGCUAUUAAACGUACAUCCAAUUCCAAAUCUUUAUCGCAUGCUGAGAAAUGGCUAACGAGAGUGUGAUCGAGGUACAGAGGAAGCUUCAUGAGGAAAGAGAGAGAAUAGAGGGCGCCAUUGCCAAAGAAAUGUUCCUCAGAAAGUCCAAUGUUCGUGAUCAGAUCAAUAGUGAGCAUCGUAUUAGAGAUUUGUGCGAUCGAUCGCUGAAUGCUGCAGAGAGAUUGGGUGAUAUCUACCAGGACAGAGACGGGCUUCGUUCUGAGGAGCUAUCAGCUGUGGGGGGUCCUGACGAGUUCACAGAGUUCUAUAGACGACUCAAGGGCAUUCGUGAUUACCAUAAUCGCCACCCUAACGAGAUAGAAGAACCCAUGGCAACAGAGUUCAAUAAACUAGACCAGCAAAGAAACAACCCACCAGAAGAAUUACAACAUCUUGUUGAGUUUACUGAUGAGGAGUCGUAUGGCAAGUUCCUAGAUCUUCAUCAGCUCUAUGAUCGUUAUAUCAACUUGAAGGGUGUGGAGAAGACGGACUAUCUCUCUUAUCUAGGGACCUUUGAUCGUCUGUUUGAGAUACCUAGAGAUAAGAAGAGCAGUGAAUAUAAGAAGUACCUAGUAGAGCUGGGGGAGUACUUGAGGGGCUACCUGGAGCGUGUCCAUCCUCUCACAGAUCAAGAGUCACUACUGGAGGAAGUGGCCAGAGAGUUUGAGGAAAGAUGGGCUGCAGGAAACUUCCCUGGAUGGAGGCGUGACAUUGGUGGCAGUGCAAUGGCUAAAGUGUCUGGAGCAGCUCUGGACCUCUCUGCCUUCUCCUCUCCUGAGGAACUGAUGAGCUUGGGCCUGGAUAGACUCAAGUCAGCUCUGACUGCCCUAGGUCUCAAGUGUGGAGGCACACUGGAGGAGCGUGCUCAGAGGCUGUUUCGUACAAAGGGGAUUCCCCUGAGGCAAUUAGACCCCUCUCUGUUCGCCAAGAGCAAAGGUCUUGGUCACCAUGACGACAAGAAGCAACGUGAUAUUGCAUUUAUUGAAGCCCAAGUGUACAAGUAUGCAGAGCUACUAGGAGAGCAACGAGCAGCAUCUCGUGAGAAUGUUGAGCGUCGACUAGCACGCACUGCAGAUGAGUUAGCAGAGGAAGAGGGGAGUGAUGAUAGUGACCUUAGUGAUGUGGGGGACGCUAGCGAUGAUGAGGAGACUGUUCCCUAUAAUCCCAAGAACCUGCCACUGGGAUGGGAUGGAAAGCCAAUACCUUACUGGCUGUACAAGCUACACGGUCUCAAUCUCUCCUAUACUUGUGAAAUAUGUGGCAAUGCUAUUUACAAAGGACCCAAAAACUUCCAAAGACAUUUCUCUGAGUGGCGUCAUGCUCAUGGUAUGCGUUGUCUUGGUAUCCCCAACACAGCCCACUUUGCCAACGUAACAGCUAUUGCAGAUGCCAUGGCUUUGUGGGAGAAGCUGAAAGAUGCUAAGAAUGUUGAGCGCUGGGCGGCCGAGGUGGAGGAAGAGUUCGAGGACACAUGGGGAAAUGUGGUCACUAAGAAGACUUAUGAAGAUUUGAGGAGACAAGGACUUCUAUGAACUAUGUACUCUCUCUAUUAUCAUGCAUGCAUCUUGUUGAUGAUUGUACUUACACUCCCUUGAUGAAAUUUGACCUGUUUCUUCUCA